GGGCGGGCUCUUCCCAGUUCCCAGACAGAGCUCCUUCAUUCAGCCAGAUCUGCCAUACUUUUUUUUUUUCUUUAAUAAAGCUGAAAAGUUUGUUACCAUCAUUGAGAAAAAGGAACAUAAAGGAGAGGGAAUGGAAAGGAGGGGGAAGGGAACGGAGGGGAGGGGAGGGAAAAGAAGAGUUGGGGAGGGGAGGGGUAAGAAGUGGGGGAGGGAGAAGAAACAAUUUGGCCUGCGGCACAGAGGACCUGAUCUCCAGAUUGCUCUGGACCGCCAGGGAACUCUACUAUCGCUGCCCAAUGCUCGGGGCAGAAGCUAUGGUGGAGCGGAGCGUGCUCCGCGCGGAGGUGUGUGAAUGUGUGCGAAGGUGCGUGCGUGCCCACGAAUGUGUGUGGGGUGUUCAUGCGUGUGCGCAGGGGAGGGUGUCCAGCAGACUGCCGCAGAGGUUCCUUUGUGGAAGGCGGUGACCUGCUCAGGAGCGAACGUGGCGCCUCCCCCUCGCUCCCUCGUUCCACUAGGACACCAGGACUCAUCUUCGCCCUGCGGCAAUUUCCACCUCCCUCUGUGGUUGCCCGCCCAGCCCCGCGCCGGGCUUCAGGUGCCAGGAGCCGCGUGCUGGGCGGCGGCUUUCGAGUCUCGGGAGCCCGGAGCUGGCUAGGGCGAGCACGGUGGCGGUGCUGUUCGGGUGGAAGGGGGAGCGAGGGAGGCGGCAGCCGAGCAGGAAAGGGCGUGCUGCCCUUUGCGGCCGGCUCGAGGAGCAGCCGGGUAGGCAGCAUUGUUACCUGCAGCGGCCCCGCCCCUCCGCACCGCCCUGCCCCCUCGCGGUCCCUGGCCUGCAGUCCUGCGGAGAGACGGCGGCGCCGGGACAGCGGGCGGAGGCUGCGCGGGCGCCGGGAGCGCGGGCGCGGUCAGAAAGCUGACAUGAGGCACAGUUGUCUUCUCUUCUGGCAGCAGACUCGUGGGCCAAGAAGUACGACUGGAGUUUGAUGUUUGUGUCUGCUUCUCCAAGGUCAAGGAAUUAGCUCCUUAGAAGGCAACAGUACUAUGCAUGUUAUGAAUUGUGUCUCCCUGGCCAGCGAUAAAGAAAAUGGGACUCUUGCCACGGCAGCUGCAUUCAUGGCUGGGCAGACGUCACCCUCUGCAUCUCCUCCUCCUCCUCCACCGCCUCCACCUCCACCUUGUCCACAUUCAGGGGAGGGCUUCCUCCCCUCCCCACCUCCUCCUCUGCCACCCCCACUUCCUGGGGGACCUCUUAUCCCCCCUCCUCCCCCCGGACUACCCCCAGUUUCUCACGUGAAUGGCUACAGCUCCCUGGGUAAGAAGAAACGGAUGCGAAGCUUUUUCUGGAAAACCAUUCCAGAGGAGCAAGUUCGUGGCAAGACCAACAUCUGGACCUUAGCAGCCAAGCAGCAGCACCACUACCAGAUCGACAAGAAGACCAUUGAGGAGCUUUUUGGGCAGCAAGAAGACACCUCCAAGGCUUCUCUUCCCAGGAGAGGAGGAGCUUUGAACUCAUCCUUCAGGGAUGCCCGGGAAGAGAUUACCGUCCUGGAUGCAAAACGAAGUAUGAACAUUGGGAUAUUUCUUAAGCAGUUUAAAAAGUCUCCUCAGUCCAUCGUAGAAGAUAUCCACCAAGGAAAGAGUGAGCAUUAUGGAGCAGAGACACUUCGAGAAAUCCUUAAGCUUUUGCCAGAGUCAGAAGAGGUAAAGAAGUUAAAGACAUUUAACGGUGAUGUGUCCAAGCUCUCUCUGGCAGAUUCCUUUCUGCACUACCUGAUUCAGGUGCCAAACUAUUCACUUCGGAUUGAAGCCAUGGUGCUAAAAAAGGAAUUCUUGCCAUCCUGCUCUUCUCUGUACAACGACAUAACAGUUCUAAGAACUGCUACAAAAGAGCUGAUGACGUGUGAGGAGCUACAUUCAAUAUUGCACUUGGUGCUCCAGGCUGGGAAUAUCAUGAAUGCAGGAGGGUAUGCUGGCAAUGCCGUAGGAUUUAAACUGUCUUCUUUACUCAAAUUGGCGGACACAAAAGCAAACAAACCUGGGAUGAAUCUUCUGCAUUUUGUCGCUCAGGAAGCCCAGAAGCAAGAUGCCAUCCUACUACACUUUUCUGAGAAGCUGCAGCAUGUGCAGGAGACAUCGAGAUUAUCUCUGGAUGUCACUGAGGCGGAGCUGCACUCGCUCUUUGUCCGAACAAAAUCGCUGCAGGAAAACAUCCAGCGGGACCAGGAGCUGUCUCAGCAGAUGGAAGAUUUCCUCCAGUUUGCUGUGGAAAAGUUGUCGGAGCUGGAACUCUGGAAACGGGAGCUGCAGGGCGAGGCUCACACCCUCAUAGACUUUUUCUGUGAAGACAGAGAAACGAUGAGACUGGAUGAAUGCUUCCAGAUAUUCCGAGACUUCUGUAUCCGAUUCAACAAAGCCGUUAAGGACAACCAUGACCGGGAGGAACAAGAGCGGAAACAGAUACAGAGGCUGAAGGAGCUGGAACAGAAGCGACAUUCUUGGACAACUGGAGAGCUCGGAGGCUUUGGCAGAAGCAGCAGUGAGAAUGAUGUGCAGAUGCUAGCUAAGAAGGGCACAGAAGACCUGCCGUCCUUUCUGAAGCCCAGGCCCGCCAGCCCCUCCUACCGGCCCCCCAACACCCGUCGCUCUCGCCUCUCCCUGGGCAUCUCUGCUGACCGAGAGCUUUUGACCUUCUUGGAGAGUGCCACCAGCAGCAGUCCAGAGGACCCCAACAAAUUCAACAGCUUACCCCGGAGCAGUCCCAGACAGCCCCGGCCCACCAUCGCCUGGAUGGAGCCCAGAGAACAGCAGCACUGUGACCCCAGCUUUGUUCAUGAACCUCAGGCCGCCAAGAACCAGGAGAAAGCCCCUCUCUUUGCUUGGCAGAGUCAGCUUCCAGCGCCCCAGCCGGAGGAACCUGCAUCUCCUUUCCCGCGGACUGGACGGGGCAGGGCGAGCAUCCUCCGGAAAAGGAACAGUGAACCCAUGGGCUUGUGUCCCACACAAAGCCCUCCUCUCCUACCAUUGGAUCUGGGCAUCAGGGAGCAUGAGCUGGUCACAGGGCUGACCCAGUUUGACCUCCAGAGUCCCAAGAGCCUGGAGGAGGCAUCCCCACUGACUCUAAAUGGCUUUUGUCCCCCAAAGCUGCAGUCUCCAGGGGAUCAGAGCUCACAGUCCUUUGAUGCUGGCGGGGACAGCCUCACACCCAAGGACACAGGUCCCCAGGAGGUUCUCAGCCCAGCUGGGGAGGACGACAGGGCUGUCCCUGAUGAACCCAGCAGUGCGGCUCUUGUGUCUGUGGUUGUCACUGACACUGAAGAUAAGGAUCCUGGGCCUCUGUUAUAUGUCUCGGAUACCACAGACUGCUCGCUCACUCUGGACUGCUCAGAGGGAACCGACUCCAGACCAGGAGGAGAAGAGCUGGAGGAAGAGAGAGCAGGAGAUGGCUCAGUGUCCUCUGGGGCUGGAGAGGCAGGCAGCAGCCAGAUCUCCAACCCUGCUUCCAGUCCCCCAGGGGAGGUGCCCGCUCCCGACUCCAGUAAGAGUGAGCCCAGCUGCCAGGGUGGCCUACCGAAGGACAGACCCAGCAAAGGGAAGGAUGCCACAGCACCAAAGAGAAAUUCCCUCAAAGAGGCAUCACCGGGGGCCUCAAAGCCGGUCAGUGCCCGGCGCAGCCAAGGGGUAGCCCCCAAGUCUGUGAGAACCUUGAACUCCUCUGAGAAUGAGCACAUGCGCAAGGUAGUGCCCAUCUCCAAGUCCAGCAGGGGAGCGGGGGCCUGGAAGCGUCCGGAGCUGACAUCCAGGGCUUCCCCUCGGGAGACACCCAGCAGCACAGACACACUGCUAUCACGAAGGAGCUCAGUGCGGGGGACCUCCGACACUUCGCCCAGGAGGCCCCACGUGAGUGGGCCAGGGACAGAGGAGCCCAGGCUGCCCCGCUCGAGUGGAAGCAUGAGUGGGCGGCCAGGGAAGGAGGCCGUGGUACAGCCCAGGGCCUCGUUUCGAAAGCCCAGCGCCAAGCCCCUCAGAAACAUCCCCAGGCAGAAACCCGAAGAAAACAAGGUCAGCAGCCCCACCUCGCAAGAUUCUGAAAGCCUCACGGAAGAGCCCAAAGCACCUCAGACUCCGGGUGUCUCUCGAGCCCUUCCCCCCGUCCCAAGCUUUGCCCGAAGUACGGUGGCCUCCUCAUCUCGGUGCAUGCGAACAGAUGCUCCACCUGUGUCCAGAGCUUCUGGCAUCACCAGGACAGUCUCCCAGCGGCAGCUUAGGGUCAAAGGUGGCCCCGAGGAUUCUGCCUCCAAGGACAGUGGCACUUUGAAGAGGGCCAGCAGCGCCAGGGCCUCCAAGAAGUGCCCUGAAUCUUCCGGGGGUUCAAGUGUCAAUGCAGAGACCCCCCUGAAGGGCAGAGGGACUGCGGAAAGAUCCUCUCUCAGACUGAAGGACUCGGGGCAGGCUACCCUAGGGAGGCUCCUCCGUCCCCUGCAGAAGUGAUGGGGCCUGUCUACAUCUCUGCCUUGUGGGAUUUUACCUACCAGGACUGGCUGCUGGGGUGAGGACAGGAGAAGCCAAUCUUUAAUGUCCUGUUACACAUCAAGCAACUCUCAGGUGCCACCUGUUAAAGGUCACGUCCCUAAAGGUACAUGGAGAUCUGUAGCCUGCUGGGCAGACUUCUGCUCUGAAAUCAAGGCUGAGAAUACUCUGCUCUACACAGUACUUUGCCAGGCCCCAGCACCUCCUGUCCUUCAUACUCAGGACCCGAACCCUAACUCCUGCCCCGAGACAAAGAUCCGGCAAUAGUCUGGACAUGUAAGAUGACAAUUCUUAUGUAACAAGUAAAAAACAAUUUCUGGCCAGUUUUUAUAUAUCAAAGACUUAUUUUUUAAUAUUAUAAAAAUAAAAUGAUGUUUUAGUUGG